AAUUCAGCACUACCAAAUAUACAAGAAAAACAAAUAUAUUAUAUUAUUAAUUAAAUAUUUAUCCUCAUACAUGCAUUCAUCAUCUUCCAAUUAAUUAUAUAUACAGACCAAUAAAUAAUUAAUGGGGCGAGUUGUGGCGGUGGUGAUGAUUGUGAUGUGGGUGAUGACGGCGGAGGGGCUGAGCUGCGGGCAGGUGGUGCGCAGCCUUGUGCCUUGCCGGGAUUACCUCAAGUCCGGCGGCAACGUGCCCGGAAAAUGCUGCGACGGGAUAAGGUCUUUGAACAACAUGACCAGAACGACAUCUGACCGGCAGCAGGCUUGCCGGUGCAUCAAAACCGCCGCCAAGGCUUACAAGGCCAAGCAAACGUAUGCGGCGGCCGUGCCCCGAAAGUGUGGUGUCAAACUCGGUUACGCGGUCAACUUCAAUAUUGACUGCAACAAGGUCCGUUGAGUUCGUCCAUUGAGGCCAAGACGUGAGGCAUUUUACUAUAUUUAUAUAAUAAAUUAAAGGGUGAUAUAUAUUAUGUGUAAUGAAUAUGAAUGUCCAGGAUUAUGAGCAGUAACCACUGGGUUACUCGUGUGUACUAGUACUACUAUUUGAGUGAUAUAAAUUUGCUUGUUUGAUUUGAAAAAAAAAAAAUGGAUUAUGAGCAGUCAUAGGCUACAGUUCUCUAGUACUAUGCCGCGGCUAUGUUAUGUAACCUAUUGAAUUUUAUAUAUAGGAAUUGAAAUAAUUGUGUUCCAAUUGGUUA